AUGUACGGCAAGCCUGUUGUCGCCUUGCUGCUUGCAACUAUUGCUGGGGCGGCAGUAGGCCCGGAUUCAUUGCAUUCUGAUGUUUCAAUUCUCAUCCAUAAUGAUUUAAUGGAAAAUACCAGCUCUCUGGCCGGAUCUGGCGUUUUACUUUUGGAUCCAAUGCCAUUGCAAAAGGCCAUCCAAAGCUGCCAGGUCCUCGGAGAGUCCCUCUGGGCGACUGAUUCCGGAUACUCAGAUAUUAAAAGCAACCUGGAAUAUCUAAUAUAUCAGAAAAAAUAUGGUCGGGGCCAGAGAUAUUGGAUUGCUCCUGUCCAUGGUGUUCCAUUAUCAAUCGACGCGGAUGGCAACGCUGAAAAAACACCCUCCAGUAGUGAUCUCCCAGUUCUAUGCAGCCAAUCCGCCCCCUACUCAAGUGCAGAGAGCAAAGAUACAAGUGAGAGGUGGCAAAUUAACGUUAAAUCUAAUCGUGAAUAUUAUACAGGUUUUCGUGAUCGGUUUGCUUUUCGCUUCCUCGGUAUUCGGUAUGCCAAAUCAACAAAGCGUUGGGACUACUCGGAAGUCUACGAGGGAACAGGACAGAGCGCAUCGGCUCUCGAAUACGGCCCAGAAUGCUUUCAAGGGACAAGCGGCUCCGAAGACUGCUUCUUUCUCAAUGUUUGGACGCCGCAUAUCCCUCAAUCAAAGACAAAUCAAAAAGAUAAAUUAAAACCUGUAAUGUUCUGGAUUCACGGUGGCGCUUUCACUAGCGGCACCGGAAGUGACUCUACUUUUGAUGGAGGCAAUCUUGCUUCCAGGGGCGAUGUGGUUGUCGUCACAACCAACUACCGUCUAGGAACACUUGGAUUUCUAGCCCUGGAUGACGGCAAAACUAAAGGAAACUAUGGACUUGCAGACCAGAUAACCGCGCUUGAAUGGGUGCGCCAAAACAUCAAGGACUUUGGAGGCGAUCCUGAUCGAAUCACUAUAUUUGGACAAUCCGCAGGUGCGGGAUCAGUGCGAGCACUGCUAGCAUCCCCCAAAUCCCAGGGGAAGUUUGCCGCCGCAAUUAUGCAAAGCAACUUGGGCGGUUUGGCUUACGGGACAACCUACUCAAAAUACUACACUAUAGCCGAAGAGAUGGAAGUUGCCGGAAAUGCUAUCCUGGCCGAAACUAAUUGUACCCACGCUGCGUCGCCACUUGACUGCCUUCGGUCUGUGUCUGCAAUAACUAUUGCUGGCCUGGAUACGAACGCGCGCUACCUAGUUGUUGAUGGUAAAUAUCUUAAAGCAUCUCAACUAGAUCUAACGGCCCCGCGAUUAACGGCAAAUGUUCCUUUGAUGCUGGGAACGACGCGGGAUGAUGGCGCGGCGAUGAUCGGAUAUCCCUCCAAGGGCGAAACCAUCCAGACAUUCUUGAAUGAGUCAGGCUUUUCUUCAUCCAUCGCACCAAGUCAGCUCUUUCCAGUACCUUCAGGGCCUAAUAGAACUCUCGAUAUAUUCAACACCACUGCUCGAGUCGCAACGGACGGCAUUUUCCGCUGUAUCGACCAAGCCACCGCAUAUGCCGGAGUCAACAACCACAUCUUUCCCAAGGUUUUCUUCUAUGAAUUCAAUCGUACGUAUCAAAUGCCAGACUGGUCGCCAAAUCCUCCAUUGUGCGACGCACCGGUCACAUCGGAGUUCCCAAAUGGGGAUCCCAACCUGGAAUAUUUCAAGUGUCACUCAGGAGAGCUGUACUAUGUCUUUGGAAACAUUCUCCGUCAGGGUCUUUCCUUGAGAGAUGAGUACGAUCUACCGUUUUCGCAGUAUGUAUUGGAUUCUUGGGCUAGUUUCGCCAGAACGGCGGACCCAACACCGAGCCUUGGAUUUUUAAAGGCACGAGGCUAUAUGAACACAACCCGACAGGUUGAAAUUGCGGGGCAAUGGGCACCAUUUCGACAUGGCAACUAUAAGCUUCACCGUUUGCAGUGGCCCUCAUCGAUGGCUGAUUUGGAUGAGACCGAACAAUGUCGUGGGCUUGAUCUGUCACUCACCUAUUAUGAUGUGUAG